CCAAAACUGCCAUCCCUACCAGACAGCUGAGCGGAGUGGGGAAGGCGGGGCGGUGCAGGCCCUUCAAACUGUGAGUCUGUGACGAUGGGAGCCAGGACCAAGCGACCCAGAUGUAUUACUUGUUUGACUCCAGCCAAAGCGUUAUUUAAAAAGAGUGAUGGAGAUUUCAUCAAGCUUCUGGAGUGUCCCUCGUGUGGCCAGACAGUGGAUCGCUAUGUGGAAUGUGAGAAGAGCAUCAUCUUUAUGGAUAUGCUACUUCAGGACAUUGCAGUGUACAGACACAUCUUAUUCAAUGCAGACAAUUUUGAACCCCAGUUCUAUGUGAAGCUUGCAGUGUCCCUGUUAUUGAGUGAAGGCUAUGUUCGCUGGUCUACCCUCACCCACACCUUUGCCCCAGCUGCAGGGAUCAAGGAUAAUGAAGUCUACUUGUACAUAAUGUGCUUGUUAACUGCAGUUGAAUUUGGUAUCUUUGGAGCAAUAAUUCUGCUGUACUCUUGGAUCAAGUUUCAUGACAGGAUUGAAUUAUCAUCUCUUUACAAUGGACUGCUUCUAGGUCAGUAUGGAAGACUUGCCAAUGUUGCAGCCAUCAUUUGGUACCAAAGCCCAAGUCUGAUCUUCCAGAGCCUUGUUCUUGUUUUCAUCAUCAUCUCUACUAUACAAAGCACUAGAGGCUGUGGUGAUCAAGACCUGAGUGGAUUAUGGUUGACCUUGACUGUUCUGUCAUUACAUAACAAAGUCACAAAAGAGGUGCUAUAAACACUGGGAGGUGUGAGAGCAGCUUCCUGGUCAUCACAGCCACUGCCAUUAGCACAUCAUCAUCAUAUAUAUUCCAGUUAUAUCUUAUAGACAUGUAUAAAAAGUAUUCUUUGUAAGAAUCAAUAAACUCAAUAAACAGUUACC